CUGGCACCAAUACACUUACAUAUACAGUCUGUCCGCCACGGCCACCCCCGCCACCGCCCACUCGCCUGGCACGAGUCCACAAUCCGCUUGCGAGCUCUGAGAGCCGCAACUCCAUUGCUCGCCUCCCUCCCCUCCUCCUUUCACCCACCAUGGAUGGAACCGGCACCCCCAACCUGCGCAUUACCAGCAUUCAUUGCCGCAGACGGCCUCUAUAAGCGUGAUGUCUUCCGCUUCCCCGACCCCUUCGCCGUGGCCACCAUCAAUGGCGAACAGACGCGCACCACGAGCGUCAUCAAGAAGACCUUGAACCCCUACUGGAACGAAAGUUUCGACAUGCGCGUCACCGAGGACAGUGUACUUGCGGUACAGAUAUUUGACCAGAAGAAGUUCAAGAAGAAGGAUCAGGGCUUUCUGGGCGUCAUCAACGUGCGCAUAGGUAGUGUCGUUGAUCUCGACGCUGGCGGAGACGAGAUGCUCACGCGCGACCUUAAGAAGUCAAACGACAACAUGGUCGUGCAUGGUAAACUCAUCCUCAAUCUGUCCACCAACUUGACCGCACCCAUAAGCCAGGCCGGCCAGAACACUACCCCUCGUCCUCCACUCUCGGCACAAUCCAGCGCAGUAAACGGAGCCGGCGGACCCUCGGGUGGCCCAACCCCACAACAGUCGACUCCAAACCUCCACCCAGACAUGUAUCCUGGCCAACGUCCGCAGAUGGCUUCGCAGGUGCCACCCCCUCGUACCAAUCAGCCUGGCCCAAUGGGUGCCCCUCCCGCUGGUGCACCUCCUCCGGGUGCCCCGCCAAGCGGCAGCCGCGGCAGUGGCGGUGCCUACAGUGCAUUUGAAGAUGCUCAAGGGCGUUUGCCACCUGGGUGGGAGCGCAGAGAAGAUCAUUUGGGGAGGAAAUACUACGUUGACCACAACACCAGGCAGACCACUUGGAUCAGACCAGGUGCUGGUUUCAACGAAGCUGAGAACAGAACUCAAAUGGCAGCGCAGACCCAACAGGAGCGCACUCGGCACCAGAACCGCAUGUUGCCCGAAGAUCGUACGGGCGCGAAUUCUCCCACGCUUUCGGAGCGUCAACCCUCACCUCCUGGUCCAUCUGCCAACGCUGUCAGCAUGCAUGCUACAGGGGCUACCACGGCCGGUACAGGUGAACUUCCAUCAGGCUGGGAGCAACGUCAUACUCCAGAAGGACGACCCUAUUUCGUCGAUCACAACACGCGAACCACGACGUGGGUGGAUCCUCGUCGGCAACAAUACAUUCGCAUGUACGGUGGCCAAAAUGCCAACAACAGCACCAUCCAGCAGCAACCCGUCUCUCAGCUCGGACCCCUGCCCUCUGGCUGGGAGAUGCGACUCACCAACACAGCUCGUGUGUAUUUCGUUGAUCACAACACGAAAACGACCACGUGGGACGACCCCAGAUUGCCGUCCUCGCUCGACCAGAAUGUGCCUCAAUACAAGCGUGAUUUCCGUCGCAAGCUCAUUUACUUCCGAUCACAACCCGCACUCCGAAUUGUUUCCGGGCAGUGCCAUGUCAAAGUUCGACGAACACAUAUCUUCGAGGAUUCAUACCACGAGAUUAUGCGUCAAAGCGCUGCGGACCUGAAGAAGCGAUUGAUGAUCAAGUUUGACGGUGAAGAUGGUCUCGACUAUGGAGGUCUUUCGCGUGAAUUCUUCUUCCUGCUCUCUCACGAAAUGUUCAAUCCAUUCUACUGUCUCUUCGAAUACUCGGCGCACGACAACUACACACUCCAGAUUAACCCUCACUCCGGUAUCAACCCCGAGCAUUUGAAUUAUUUCAAAUUUAUUGGGCGUGUAGUUGGAUUAGCCGUCUUCCACCGCAGGUUUUUGGACGCAUUCUUCAUCGGAGCAUUUUACAAGAUGAUUCUAAGGAAAAAAGUGGCAUUGUCAGAUAUGGAAGGUGUAGAUGCGGAUUUCCAUCGCAAUCUGGAGUGGAUGCUGUAAGCUUGAGCCAUUGCCAUAUUCCGAACUCGACAACUGACGUGCUUUACC